AUGGAUGGCCUGUAUCUGGUCGGCGCCGAAUUCGUCGACGUCUGCCAUCGCCUGAGCAUCGCGAGCAGCCUCGCCGUCGGCGCCGGCCUCGGCUUCGCCGCUGCGUCCAAGAAGCUGGCGGCCAAGGCCGCGCCGGCGCUGCCGCGGCUCUACAUCUACGACCACUGCCCGUUCUGCGUGCGCACGCGCAUGAUCUUUGGUCUCAAGGGCCUCCCCGUCGAGCUCGUCUUCCUCGCCAACCACGACGAGGCGACGCCGAUCGGGCUUGUCGGCGCCAAGGUCGUCCCGAUCCUCGAGACGCCGUCGGGCCUCGUCAUGCCCGAAUCCAUGGACAUUGUCCGCUACGUGGACGCCAAUUACGGCGAAAAGGUCAUCUUGGCCGAGGCCGAUGCGACGCGGGCCGACCUCAAGGCGUGGAUCAAGGACUCGGCCGAGUGCAUGCGGUACCUCUACCACCCGCGCUUCCACGCGACGCUCUUUGCCGAGUUUGCGGCCCAAGCGUCGCGCGACUACUACAAGACCAAGAAGGAAAAGACGAUCGGGUCGUUUGAGGACGCGAUCGCCAACAGCGCUGCGUACGUCGCGCAGCUCAACGCGUUCCUCGUGCAGCUUGAGCCCAUGCUCCAGAAGCCCCAUUCCGUCAACGAGACAUUGAGCUACGACGACAUUGACCUCUUUGGCCGUCUCCGCGGGCUCACGAUCGUCCAGGGUGUCACGUGGCCGCCCAAGGUCCGCGAGUACAUUGAGUACAUGUCCAAGGUUUCGGACAUUCCGCUCCUCGACACACUCGCCCGCUUUUAA